AAUGAUGACAAAUGUAAUUUAUCAGAUGGAACUUCAUAAGUCCAAAUUAUAAGCAAAUUUUUCACAAACAGGGGGGACUACUCUCGGAGUUGUUACUGUGGGAACUUAUUUAGUUGUCAUCAUGGCGGCUCAUUGUGACCGUGGGAGUUAUGAAUACUUCUGUAUUGUACGAAACAAAUCGAGUGUGCAUAUAUGGAAGCGUGUUGAUUCUGCAGUAUGUCUGUGGAACGUUUCAUCGAGACUGACUUCCCAAUGAGCAACAUGGCUGAUUGACAGUUUUCCGAGCAGCAUCAUUUCAAUUAAGAAAGCAGGACCAUGUUUUAUCGACGGUAUCGCCACUCGAUAUCCAACAUGGAGCGCGCAGGUCACAUCACUGGUGGCCUGAAUGGCUCUGCUAAAUGUGUCACACUGGUCACUGUGGAAACUUUGAACAACAAAGACCAGUCGCAAAGCCUGAGCUUUCCAAACGACAAACCUCGCAAAAAGAAAAAGAAAAAAUCUACAAGCAAACACAGAAAAUCUUUGAGUGAAGUUAUAACUGUUCCUCACGGAAGCAUGUUAAGAGAUACCUCAAGUCUUUCCGAUUCAGACGUGAAGAAAAAGGAAGAUUCCAAAGUGAAAAAGCUGCCCAACAUCCUGUCACCUGGGAGACUGGAGGAACUGGCGACUCCCCCCCCUCGUCAACUCUCACUUCCUGUGCAUCUGGUCAUGAAGAGCAACGAGAAGAAGAAAAAACUCCCACUGCUUGCCGCCAUAAAACCGGAAAAUGAGAAGUCGGAGAAAGAGCGCUUCAUGCGAGCAAAUUUCAAUUACAAUCCGUACUUUGUGUAUCGAGGCUGUGUUGAUGAUGAUGUGAUGGACAAGUUCAGAGAUCCUUCUGACAAGUAUAUUCCACAUGCUAUUCUGAUCAUGGAAAAAGCCAUCAGUUACUUUGGAACGUAUGAAACUUUUGAGGAAGUCACUGGUGGCAGAAUUUUGAGCAAGUCUCAAAUAUACUCGCUGGUAAAAAAGUACUUGAAAAAUGAGGAACUUGAGGAUGAAGUGACCUUGAACCUGAGUGAGGACAUGCUGAGCCGAGGAUCCAUGACCAGGUCAAAGGGCAAGGCCAUGCUGAACGUGCGUUGUGUGAACCUGAGGGAGUGCUGGGCCGAGGGUCUGCUGAGACACGAACUGGGUACUCACUAUCUUCGUAGCUGCAACACUCGCUACCAGCCCUGGCACAGCUGGCGUGUGCGUCGUGAUCUUGGUAUGGGGCCGAUCAACCCGACAGAGGAGGGGCUCGCGUCGCUACACAGCGUGCUGUUCAGGGACCGCCCCUACCUGUGGCGUGCUGCUCUGCUCUACUACACCACGUUCAUGGCCUCGCGACUGUCCUUCAAGGAACUCUUCAUGGACAUUGAAAAGUUUGUCUACAACCCAAACGUGCGCUGGGACUAUUGCCUGCGAGCCAAGAGGGGACAGGAAGAUACAUCCAGGCCAGGGUGCUUUUGCAAGGAUCAGGUGUAUCUAGAUGGGGCUCUGCAGUUGCUGAAACGACGGAGAGUUCUCGACUUUCAUCUUCUCGUGCGACUCGGAAAGAUUUCUUACGAGGAUGUUGACAGGGAAUGUGUCACCGAAAUAGCUCAACUGGAGAACACUCGCAUCCCGUGGUUCAUGAAUGACCUGACUAUUUACAGGAGACAACUGGACCACAUCGCUUACACCAAUGGCCUUACGGACGACGUACUCAGCUCUGCCGAGUGACUCGUUGAUCGCACACAGAAGAGUGACUCGUUGAUCUCACACAGAAGGAUGGGAAUAGUUUGUUUUACCGCUACUUUUUGGCGGUUCAUUUUUGCCUCAUCUCAACAGAAGCAUUUAGAGUUGACAAUCAAAUGCUGGUAUAAGUGAAAUCAAUUUUUUAAAUUUUCACAAAAGGGUAAAAUGUUGUACGAUAGGCAGUUAUCAGUUGGUGUCUUUGUCAGUUAAAAAUGUUUAUGUAGUUAAAUUUAGGAGUUUAGCCGUGAUACUUGCAGCAUGGGCACUGUCAUUACUGAGUCCACAGAACCAGUACAUUGUGAAAU